AUGAACGCCAACUCGACUCACCUCCCCUUCCCGUACUUCGAGAUCUACCAACAAGACCUCAACGACACGCGUCCUCAACAAGCCUACUACAAUCAACAGUUGUCCUUCGACCACUCAAACGCGACGCAAUUGAACAUUGGCAUGGGGAACGGUUUAUGGGAUUAUUAUUCCCUGUUAUUUCCAGAACCCCAACUUCCUUGCCCAUUCGAUGUCCUUUCAGCUGACACGAGGGCCCUUGAGCCACUCGUCCUUCCCGCCCCGCCAUCUCGCUCGAGGGCGAUCAUACCGAUCGACGUGACGUCUACAUCUAGGGCUCAUUCUCCUGGUAACUCUACGGCUAGUGAUACUCUUGGAUCGACGGCUUCUCAUACCAGCGCUGAGCUCAUGGGUACCAUACCGCGCCUCACUCCUCGCCGCACGGCUUCCCAACUUUCCCCCACUUUGACUAUCUCGCCGGGACCUAGGACGAGCAUGGAAUCUUCUGAAGAGGAGGGCUCCACCACCAUGCGUCUCCCCGUCGUUCCGCCUGUCCCAUCUCUGCCCACGACGGACGCUCCACGGCGCUUCACGCGCAACCUCUGGGAAUGCACGACGCCCAUUCCGGACAGUGAGUUCUUCACCGAUCUCGGGCACAUCACGCCAUCUACGACUUCCUCUGUCUACGGUUGUUCGCCAUCUGGGCUCUCAGACUGGUCAUCGUUCCUCGACACACUUCUCGACGACUUCCCCCAUAUUCCCGACGGGCACGUUGACAAUGCCUGGAUGGAGAACGUCCUCCAGGAGUAUAUUGAUCCCCUUAUAGGGACGGCGAUCCCUACGACGACGACGAUGACCACGAACAAGAGGAAGAGCUCUCCGUCGUCUGACUCCGAUAGCCAGGGGAGUACGAAGAAGAUGAAGACGUCAGGGCCGAGGACGAACGAUUCGACGCCCAACGGCGCCGAUACCCCGAUACGUUGGGCCACUCCGGUGGUCCAAACCAACUACCACACUGAACAGGGAGCGUCCGCAAGCGAGGAUGCCCCCACCCACGACGACCUGCCCCAGUUUCAACCUGGUGUCGAAUCCGGACCUGCAGAGGGUCUAAGCACCGGCAAGAAGGCGGAAAAGCCCAAGAAGGCGGUAAAACGCAAGAGGGCGUCAAGACCCAAGAAGGCGACAAAUCCGCCCAAGCCCGUCUUCUGCCCCGUCGCGGGCUGCAACGGGAAGUACACGCGCCUUCAAGAUCUCCGCCGCCACCUUUGUACCGACCAGAAGACGCACCCCCAAAUCCGGGACGUGCCAGACUGGCAACAACGCUGCGGAGUUCCGAAGAACUUCAAGGGAAAGCUAAUGUCUUGUCCGUUCUCGCGGUGCAAGCACAUUAGCAAGAGUCACGGGAUGCGGCGCUGCGAGUUGGACAAACAUAUGCGCGCCCGUCAUGGCGGGAUGGAUGUGACGAUGUGGCUGAAGAGAGUGGCGAUGCUGAUACGGAGGAGGGAGAGGGCGGGGUUGUGGACGGCUGAGGACAUGGUUAGUACGAGGUGGAAAGAUAUGUUGAGCGUCACGAACUUCGUGCAGAGGGAGGGAGAAGAAGUUCCUGAGAAAGGCUUUCUCGAUUGGUGUUUGCGGUAUGUGCUCUGGGAAUCGUAA